CCAAGAAGCGCUUGGACAUAGAUUGAUGACGCAACGCUCGAUGGCCACAAUCUGCCUGUGAUGGCUGGCUCUAAUGGCUACGGUGGAUGGCUGAAAUGGGGCAACAUGGGCAACAUGGGCCUAUCUUCCGAACAGCAAGCGUCACUGCAACAGGCUGGGAGCAAGUUCAUGCAGGCCGUCGAUGCCGCGCGGACACAAGCAGAACGAAGCUUCACCCAAGGCGUUUCGCAAGUUCGAGCUGCUGUCGAGAGUUCUCAAAGGAGCGGUGAGUCAUCCCCAUCAUAUGCUCAUAGACACUGGGGCCGACGUCCAUCUGCACGGAAUUUGCCCAGCAGAAGCAUAAAUAUCAGAGUUUGCACCUGGAAUUUGCAUGGAAGUAAGUUGGCAGAGCAAGAUGAUCUUGCUGCAUGGUUGCUCCCGCAAGGCCAGUCUGCAGAUUUAUUUGUCAUUGGUAUUCAAGAGUUAGUGGAGCUUGGUCCGAUGUCGCUGCUGUUGAAUGGCGAUGGCCAUGAGGAGAGGCAGUUGGAACUGGAAGCGAAGAUUGAGGCGACACUGGCGGCCAGCGGCCGAGAUUUUCUGAAGGUUUGUAGCUUUGGGAUGGUUGGACUGUCCCUGCUGACCUAUGUGUCAGCACAUUUGUCGCAAAACAUCGGUGAGAUCGACUGCGACCGCGUGAAAACGGGCAUCGAGGGUCUGGGGGGCAACAAAGGUGGAGUUUGUGUGCGAUUCCUCUGCGGCGCUAUGUCUAUGUGCUUCGUGAACGUCCAUUUGCCUUCAGGCACUGGGAAAGAGGAGGACCGCAAGGAACACCUCCACGAGAUCUUAUCCUAUGCCUUUCAAGGCAUCUCGCGCAACGGCUCCUCACGUCAGCCCAAGAAUGGCUUCCACCGCGCCUCCGUCUACCGUGCCCUGCAACACGACUUGGUGGUCGUGCUGGGCGAUACCAACUCGCGGCUGGUGUUGGAACUGCCGGAAGGCGAGAUGCCCAAGGGACCCCCAGAGGCUUGGCUGCUCUGCGACGAGCUGAUCAUCCCACAGAUCCUGAUGAAGGCGCGGCGAUGCUUCGUGCAUGUCUGUGGUGGUUUGAGCUCCCAACGUACCCCUGCCUGGUGCGACCGCAUCCUCUUUCGCCACGAGCCGGCACAAGCGGUGUUUGAAAACGACGACGAGGACGUGGAGCCAACGGUGGAGGUGGUGGAAUACGACUCCUAUCCACUGAAGUUCACCAGUGACCACCGCCCGGUGGCAGCCACCAUUCGGGUGGCGAUGCCGCACCUGUCGGAAGUGGCCCGGGCAGUGGCAGAGGAAAGGAAGUGGCGAUUGCGCCUGGAACACUUUGAGACCAGCAUAGCCAGGACAGCCGAGGACUUGACGUUGUGCCAACACAAGCUUUCGGAGCUGGAAGAGCGCGCCAGCUGCAACGAUGCCGACCUGCAACGAGGCUUGAGCACGAUCCAAUCCUCAGACGGACGAAUUGCUGAAGCAAUGAAGGAGACCCAACAGCUGCGUCAAAGCUUUGAGAAGCAGGUGGAAGAACUUCGACAUUUGGCGACAGAGAUGGACUCGCUGAAGGCUCAGCCUGAGCUGGAGGCCCAACUGGCUGUUCGUUGCUGGUCCAUUCUGCUGGCGAACUGUGAGAACUUCGUUGACUGCAACAGUGCUACUCAGAAAGAGCUGAACAGCUUGCAGAUGCUAAUUGGCCAACAUGAUGAGCGACUUAGCACCCUUCAAGGAGAGUCUGCACAGCAUCAGCAGGACGCUCAACGUGAGCUCAGCAACUUGAAGCAACUGAUGGACCAGCAUGAUGAGCGGCUGAGCACCCUGCGAGAAGAGUCUGCUCAAUAUCAGGAGGCCACUCAGAAAGAGCGGAACCGCUUGCAGAUGCUGAUUGACCAGCAUGAUGAGCGACUCAGCACCCUCCAUGAAGAGCGUGCCGAAGAGAAGGAGGACGCUCAAAGUGAGCUCAGCAACUUGCAGAAGCUGAUGGACCAGCAUGAUGAGCGGCUGAGCACCCUGCGAGAAGAGUCUGCUCAAAGUCAGGAGGCCGCUCAGAAUGAGCUGAACAGCUUGCAGAUGCUAAUUGGCCAGCAUGAUGAGAGACUCAGCACCCUUCAAAAGGAGUCUGUGCAGUAUCAGAAGGAGGCUCAAAGCGAGCUCAGCAACUUGCAGAAGCUGAUGGACCAGCAUGAUGAGCGGCUGAGCACCCUGCGAGAAGAGUCUGCUCAAAGUCAGGAGGCCGCUCAGAAUGAGCUGAACAGCUUGCAGAUGCUAAUUGGCCAGCAUGAUGAGAGACUCAGCACCCUUCAAAAGGAGUCUGUGCAGUAUCAGAAGGAUGCUCAGAGUGAGCUUAACAACUUGCAGAAGCUGAUGGACCAGCAUGAUGAGCGGCUAAGCACCCUGAGAGAAGAGUCUGCUCAAUAUCACGAGGCCACUCAGGAAGAGCGGAACAGCUUGCAGACCCUGAUUGACCAACAUGAUGAUCGACUCAGCACCCUUCAAGAAGAGUCUGUGCAGUAUCAGCAGGACGCUCAGAGUGAGCUUAACAACUUGCAGAAGCUGAUGGACCAGCAUGAUGAGCGGCUAAGCACCCUGAGAGAAGAGUCUGCUCAAUAUCAGGAGGCCACUCAGAAAGAGCGGAACAGCUUGCAGACCCUGAUUGACCAACAUGAUGAUCGACUCAGCACCCUUCAAGAAGAGUCUGUGCAGUAUCAGCAGGACGCUCAGAGUGAGCUUAACAACUUGCAGAAGCUGAUGGACCAGCAUGAUGAGCAGCUAAGCACCCUGCGAGAAGAGUCUGCUCAAUAUCAGGAGGGCACGCAGAAAGAGCUGAACAGCUUGCAGAUGCUGAUUGGCCAACAUGAUGAGCGCCUCAGCACCAUUCAACAAGACCGUCCUCAAGAGCAGGAGGAGAGGCACCAGGAGAAAUCGACCUACUCAAAGCGCUUCAUGGAACAUGAGGAGAUGGUCAAGGUGUUGCAGAAGGCCUCCAAUGAACUGGGAACUAGCCAGCGGCAGCAGAAGGAGGAGCUUCUCUCCAUGACCACCACGCUGCGUGAGAUCUACGGCCUCACCACGGCCUGUCGUUCGGAGUCCAUGUCCUUUGAUCGGCGCAUGGAGAGCGCGCUGAAUCGACUGCAGGAGGUGUCUCUCCAAGUGAUGAAGCAGGAGGAACAGCUGCUGACGACCAGCGGCUCCAUGCACGCCAUGCUGACGGACUUGCAGAGCUGCAAAGAUGGUGUGGCCAGAAGCAGCAUGCGACUGGAUCAUCAUCAGGAAGCUCUGGACCAUCUGAAUAAUCGCCGAUGUGCUAUGGAGACGCGUGUGGGCUCCGUGGAGGAAGAGGUCCUCCGCAAGUUUCAGGUCACCGACCGCGAGGUGGCCAAGAAUGAGCGGGAGAUUGCAGAAGUCCAAGGCUUUCUUGAAACCCAUUCAGAACAGCUCGAAGACUUCCGGUGCCGCCAUGGAAUGCAGGAGGAACGGCUACGCCAUGUGGAAAAGUCCAUUGAGGACAUCGAGACAAAGGUGUCAGGUGAUCGACAGGAGCUGGGCAAACUGUCAGAUGAAGUCUUACAGCAAGGACAGCGAAUUGAAGUGACUUGCUUGGAAGCAACCGAGCAAUCCAAGCUCUUUACGGCCUUCAUCGAUCGCUUGGAAAACCAGGAGGCCUCCCUACAGAGGCUGGAAGGGUCUUGCAACACCAUCAAGCGGGAGAGUGACAACUUGCAGGAACAGCUGGAUGCCUUGAAGGAUGGAAUUCUGUCGGGCCACCAACGCCUCAGAGAGAUGGAGGAACAGUUGACGGAUAUAUUGAAGGAGAUGGAGAGGCAACCAAAGUCUGAAGAGAUGAGAAAAAUGCAAUCAGACCUGGAAACGCUCCUGGAAGACACUGGCAAAUGGCGAGAGGCCAUGGAUCGAAUGGAGGUGGCACUUGAGACCAAUGUGAGCAAAGAAGAUUUGAAGCAAAUGCACGGAGAGUUGCAGACCUGGAUCACCGACACUCGACAGGCCUUGGAUCGAUGGCUUUCGGUUUCACUUGAUCGCUUCCAGAAGGAACAAGGUUACAUUCUGCAGCGAAAUCUAGGUUCGCUUCAGCGAGUGAAGCAUUGGAUUGAAGAGAUUCAUAUCCGGGAACGGGGCCUCAGCCACGUGAUCCUGCACAUUUCCCAGCAGGCUACACCUGAGGUAUUGAAACUGCUGGAAGAGGCUUUGAAGAUGCCUAAGAAGCCUAAUUGGGACGCACGGAGACUAAAACCGAACAAGACUUGGUCCACUCUGCCCAGCAGUGAUCUCUAUGCCUCUAUGCCCUGCAGCCGUGGAUGGCUCCGCUCCGUAACGCAGUGCGUCGCGCGUAAAGCGCCCGCUUCCGGGCGUUUUGCGACGCAGCGCCGCAUGUGGCAGGUGUUCUUCCUGGCCUUUGCGAUCCAGGUCCCUUUGAUUAGUGGCUACAAGCUGCAAGCAUCGGCCGCGGCCCCUGCGGCUGCUUCCAUUGGACCUCCCGGACCUGGUUUUCCUCCCAAGGGCUCCAAGGGCCCCAAGGGCCAGCAAGGUCGCCCAGGGCCGCGGGGGCCUGCUGGGCCCCCGGGAUAUUUGGGAGCCUAUGGAGCCUAUGGAGCCUAUGGAUGGCAGGUGCCACAGGUGCAACAGGUGCAACAGGUGCAACAGGUGCAACAGAUGAUGGCACCUUACAUGGGAUACUUCCCCAUGGGCCCCAUGAGCCCCAUGGGCCGUAUGGCUCAGCCGUUGCAGUCUGGCGCACCUGUGCUCCCACACAGUGCCGGUACCAGCACUGGUCCCGGUAACAGCGCCGCGAGCGCUGCGCUGUCUCCCAAGGCGGUCAUGGAAGCGAUGAAUGCGAAGGCUUCAGCACCUGCACCACCCGCAGCACCCGCGCCUGCGGUUUCCGCGUUGCCUGCGGCGCCUGCGGCGCCGGCGCCUGCAGUGACCCAGGUUGCAGUACAAGUGCCGGUCGUAAGCAGCACCUCACCGGAGAGCCUGUUGUCGGCGGAGGUGCUGGCCCCUCCACCUGCCGCGGCACCACCGGCAGCCCCGGUGGGUGCGGUUGUGGAGGCCGAGAACUCGAAUCCUGCUGCCAAGUUUUCAGCUGUUCCAGUGCCAGCCCCCGCUGCAGCACCAGCCCCUGCACCAGCCCCUGCCGAGGGAACCACGAAAACUGUCAAGCAGCCUGGGGAUGAAGACAAAGAUGGGACACCACAAAGCAGCAGGCAAGUCAACAGAAGCACUCUCAAUGAGACCGGGGGUGCAGAGGAACAAACGGAAGACAAGGAUAUGGCAUCGACAUCACCAAACCGACAAGUCAACCCCAACAGUUCCAAUGAAACUACAAAUGGAAAAGCUCCAGAGGAGGAAGCAACAACAAGGAAGCAAACCAGACAAGGCAAAACCAGCGAAACCACCAAGACCGUGGGAACUUCUCAAAAGGAUGCCACAAAAUCCACAAAGACCUCAGAUCUUCAGAACGAUAAGAAAGACACUCCCAAAGCUGCCAAGAUCUCAUCCAGCGAAGCAGACGGUCCCAGUUCAGCACAAACAGAAGGGGCCACGGAGGCUUCCAAUGCAACAGCUGAGAGCAAGGACAGCAAGGCGGCCGGAAGCAACGGCAGUGCAGCUGAUGGGAACCCGUCGGCAGCUGAUGAGGAGGCAAGCGAUCCAGAUUCUGGAGACAUCAUCAAGGCCUUGCCGGAGCUCUCCUCCUUCCGUGAAACGCUGGAAGAGACAGAUCUGCUCACAGCUCUGGAAGGUGGGGGUCCCUUCACUGUUUUUGCACCGAGCAAUACGGCCAUCGAGCUCUUGGGACCAGGUGUGCUGGCCACCUUGCGCUCUGGUCAGAAUGAGCAGAAGUAUCUGGAUCUCUUGAGGUACCACGUUGUCUAUGCGGAACUUCGCAGCAGUGAUAUGCAUCCUGGGCUCACAUUGAUGACUUGGAACUCACUGACGGUGGAAAUCACUGACGUCGCUCCAGUGGUCCGACUCAACGGCCAGGCUUCGGUGUCACAGGCGGAUAUUGCCUGCUCCAAUGGCUGGGUUCAUGUGGUGUCACGGGUGGCAACGGCAGCAGCCUACGUCUUCCCACCGCCCAUGAAGAAUAUCUUCCAGCGCCUCGAGCCCAGGGGAGAUGGCAACAGGUUAGCUCAAUCCACAUCAUACCUUGCAAACAUCGCCGUUGGUGCCACAUUGAGUGGCCUUGAAAGCGACUACUCGGAUGAACGCAGCGAAUUUGCGCUGACCGUGUUUCUACCCACUGACACGGCAUUCACCAAGAUGGGCUUGGGUGUGGCUUCCUCCCUGCAGUUGAAGGCGAACGAGGCCCGGCUCUUGCAACUGCUGAAGUACCACACGGUGCGAGGUGUUUAUCCGAGCAGCGAGCUGUCCUUCGGUCAAACUCUCAAGAGCUUGGAGGGCACUUUGGUCACCGUCACCUCGCUAGUCCCCACCAUGUUGGUGAAUGAAAAAGCAAUGGUGAUCAGCGCAGAUGUACCAGCCACCAAUGGCAUGAUUCAGCUAAUGGAUACGGUCUUGCUGCCUACCACCUGGGCUUAUCCGGACAAGACCAUCUUGCAGAUCAUUCAGGCCAGUCCGGACCUCUCCAUCCUACGGACGGCCUUGCAGAAGACGGACAUGGCUUGGAUCUUUGCAAGCGCCCAGUUCGGCAUGCCCUGUGUUAUGAUCAACGGCCGCGCAGUGACGGUGAGCUCGGGGUCUCUGCCGGGCCCCGGGCCCGUUCCGGGCCCCGUUGGCCCCGUUGGCCCCGUUGGGCCCAUGACCUCUGUGACCUCCGUGACCUCCGUUGCCCCGGGGCAACGGGGGAUGAAAACCAUCCAGCGGGCGGAACGUGCGGAGGCUCGUGGAGUGAAUGGGGAGGAGGAAGAUACCUUGAGCAAGGCUCGAAAAGCGGCCAAAGUUCACCUCAAUGCCUUGAAAGAGCAUGUGGAAGAGGCAAUGGAGGCAUUUCAUCGUUUGGAGGGCGUGGUCUUCUCUGCUGCCGAGUCCGUGAAGGCGGAACGCCGCGCGCUGAUCGAAGAGUCGAUCCAGGCUCAAAGCGAGCGAAAGAAGGCGGAGACGGAGUUGCAGGCGAAGCAAGAGCAGCUGCAACGAGAGCAAGAAGACCUGCGUCGUGCUCGCGAGCAGUUGGAGCUGGAGCGUCGCCAGCUCGAGAAGCAGCGCGCCCUGCCCGUGGCGCCCACCGCCAAUGUUUCCGCGGAGGGAGCUCGAGCGAAGCCCGUGGAGGCGGUCCUUCAGAAGGUCCCACAGAGCUUGGUUCCGGGUACCCCAACGUGGAGCCCGAUGCUGAUGCCUUCGAGACGCGUCAUUGUCUUCGGAGGCUUUGACGGAACUGCGGAUCAUUUGAGCACUGAGAUCCUGGACGCCGGCAGCAUGACCUUCUCCUCGGGUCCCACCAUGGCAGUCGGCCGCUCCGGCUGUGCAGUGGCGGCGCUGGAUGAACGACGGGUGCUGGUGGCAGGAGGAUUCGAUGGCUGCAGGAGUUUGGAUAGUACGGAGCUAGUGGAUCCCGUGACGUUGAAGGUCAUUGCAGGGCCACGGAUGGGCACACGGCGAAAUGCCUGUGCUGCAGUACGUUUAGAUGCCAAGCGACUCCUGAUCAUCGGCGGCUCGGAUGAUUCCAGCGAGUUGGACUCCACGGAGCUCCUGGACCUGGAGAGGCGCAAUGCUUGCGCUGCCGCCCAGCGGCAUCCCAUGGUUGUCACAGGGAGGUGA